CGGGGCAGUGAGACUACCCCGGCGUUGGCGGUGCCGGGCGCACACCCGCGGCGGAGCGGCUGGUGGGUGGCGGCAGCAGAAGCAGCAGCAGCGGGGUGAUAUUAGAAUCUCAAGACAUGUAUUUCCUUGGACUGUUGUCUUUGCUUGUUUUGCAAAGCAAAGCCUUCAAGACAAAUUUUCCUGAUGAAACUAUUGCUGAGCUUUCUGUGAAUGUUUACAAUCAGCUGCGAGCUGCAAGAGAAGAUGAGAAUAUUCUUUUCUCUCCUCUGAGCAUUGCAAUAGCCAUGGGAAUGAUAGAGCUUGGAGCCCAUGGAACCACUUUGAAGGAAAUUCGACAUUCCUUGGGUUUUGACAGCUUAAAAAAUGGUGAAGAAUUUACCUUCUUGAAGGACCUGUCUGAUAUGGCAACUACUGAAGAAAGUCAUUAUGUUCUGAAUAUUGCUAACGCUCUCUAUGUGCAGAACGGCUUUCAUAUCAGUGACAAAUUUCUGCAGCUGAUGAAAAAAUACUUUAAAGCUGAAGUCGAGAAUGUAGACUUCACCCAAAGUGCAGCUGUAGCCACCCACAUCAACAAGUGGGUGGAGAAUCAUACAAAUAAUAUGAUCAAAGAUUUUGUGUCAUCAAGAGAUUUUGGUGCUCUAACUCAUUUGGCUCUCAUCAACGCAAUCUACUUUAAAGGCAGUUGGAAAUCACAGUUCAGACCUGAAAAUACAAGAACUUUUUCAUUUACUAAAGAUGAUGAAAGUGAAGUGCAGAUUCCAAUGAUGUACCAGCAGGGAGAGUUUUACUAUGGAGAGUUCAGCGAUGGCUCCAAUGAAGCAGGUGGUAUCUAUCAAGUUCUGGAAAUACCAUAUGAGGGAGAUGAGAUGAGUAUGAUGAUCGUUCUCUCCAGACAGGAAGUUCCACUGGCCACAUUGGAACCGCUGGUCAAAGCCUCGUUGAUUAAUGAAUGGGCGAAUUCUGUAAAGAAGCAAAAAGUGGAAGUGUAUUUACCAAGGUUCACAGUAGAACAGGAAAUUGAUCUGAAGGAUGUCUGGAGAGGUCUCGGAAUUACAGAGCUGUUCAGCAGCAGCGCUGACCUCACUGCCAUGUCUGAUAACAAGGAACUUUACCUUGCAAAGGCAUUUCACAAGGCAUUUCUAGAAGUUAAUGAGGAAGGAUCAGAAGCUGCUGCUGCCUCAGGAAUGAUUGCCAUUAGCAGAAUGGCAGUGCUGUAUCCCCAAGUUAUAGUUGAUCAUCCCUUUUUCUUUUUGGUCAGAAACAGAAGAACAGGUACUGUCUUAUUCAUGGGAAGGGUAAUGCACCCUGAAGCAAUGAAUACAAGUGGCCAUGACUUUGAAGAGCUUUAACUGCCACCGGCUACCAAAAAGAGGAGAUAAGCACAUAAAGUUUGAAGUUAAUAUAUUUAAGGUUUGCUGUGUUUUCCCCCAAGGUAUUGUUUAAAAUGCUUUCAGGAUCUAACUGUGUGCAAGUCAGUUUCCAGAGGAAAGCUUACAGUAUUAAAAUAAUGGUUCUGUUUCUGUCAUUGUGAUUGCUGUGUCUUUAAAAUAAAAUUGUGUACAUGUCAACAACUGUUUCUUGUUCUAGUGAAUUGUAAAGCAAAAAACUGCAAAUCCAUUAUUUGUAAUUAUUUUACAGUCCAAAGACUGACUUGAUCAAUGAGACAGGAGCGGAAUGUGUGCAGCUCUGAAUAAUGCAAACGGCAAACCUUAAUGAUAAUUUAUGGAGUUGAAGGACUACAUCUGGAAAAUGUGAUCGUUUCCUGUUCCUGUAAAAGUAGUAAACAGCCUGCGAUAUGCUGUCUCAUCAAACUUAAUGGAACAAAUUAAGCCUAGUGGAUUUUCUUCUAUAAGAUAACUGUGGUAGACUUUGUGUGAGCUCUCCCACAUGUGAUUCUAAAAUGUUGCUUUCUGAAUGCAGCUGCAUGUGACUCCGCAAUUCACCUGCCGUGACUGUUGAUGCCAAUAAAAUUUGAUCGCAUGAAUAUUUGAGACUAGUCAGUGUAGAAUAGUUAUGUAUGUGACUGAAGUAAAAUAGUUAAGUAGUAACGUCAUUUGUGUGGACAUAUUUUUCUCCCCCAAAGUGGUUGUUCUACUUUAUCCUAAGCUCUGCAGUAUCUCACUUCAGGGGUCUAGAAUGAUCUUUCUCGGAGUCAAGAAAAAAAA